AUGGAUCUACUGACAAGAAACACGAUGAAACCUAAACAGCGAUUAACAAAGGAUGUCACAUGCACUUUGUUUCUCUCCGUGUUUACUGCAGUGUUGGGUUUUUUCCAAUAUGGCUACUGCAUUGGGGUCAUCAAUGCUCCUCAACAGAUCAUAAUGACCCACUACGCAAAGAUCCUGAAAAUAGAAAGUGCUAAAAAUAGCACUGGCAGUUUUUUAAUUGAAGAAGUAUUGAAAGAUCCAACGAUCAUGAUGCUUUGGUCCUUGUCUGUCUCUAUGUUUGCUGUUGGUGGGAUGAUUUCCUCCUUCACCGUUGGUUGGAUUGGGGAAAAGAUGCCACGAGUGAGAGCCAUGCUACUGGUGAAUAUUUUUGCAGUCUCUGGGAACAUAUUUUUUGUAGUGGCAAAAAAUGGCCCUUCCCACAUCCUGGUAAUUAUUGGAAGAGUCUUGACAGGCUUGCAUGGUGGACUCUCAUCUGGACUUGCUCCAUUGUAUGUUGGAGAAAUAGCUCCAACUGCUCUCCGUGGGGCUCUGGGCACACUGAAUCAGCUGGCUGUUGUUAUAGGUAUUCUCAUCAGCCAGGUUCUUGGAUUGGAUAUUUUGUUGGGCACGCAGAAAUGUUGGCCAUUACUUCUGUCCCUGUCAGGUGCUGCUGCUGUCUUACAGAUUUUUCUGCUCCUAAUUUGUCCAGAAAGUCCUAGAUACAUGUACAUAAAAUGUGGAGAUGUUGAAGGAGCCCAAAAAAAUUUACUAAAACUGAGGGGACAAAACUAUGAUUCCACCAAAGAAAUUGAGGAAAUGGAGAAAGAGAAAGAAGAAUUGUCAAAAGAAAAAUCUGUCUCCAUUUGGCAGCUGGCUACAACUGCGACCUACCGCCAGCCGUUCAUAGUGGCCAUAGGAGUUCACAUUGCUCAACAGUUUUCUGGAAUUAAUGCUAUUUUCUACUACUCUACCGAUAUUUUUAACAAAGCAAAUGUCAAGAAGCCUGUUUAUGCAACCAUAGGAGUCGGCUUUGUGAACACGGUGUUCACUGUUGUUGCUCUUUUCCUGGUGGAGAAAGCAGGGAGACGGAUCCUCUUUAUGGCUGGUCUGUUAGGCAUGAUGGUGUGUACUAUAACAAUGACUCUUGGGCUUGUGCUUCAGCCCAAGAUUGGAUGGAUGAGCUAUGUCAGCCUGGUUUCCGUCUUCCUCUUUGUGUCUUUUUUUGAAAUUGGACCAGGACCGAUUCCCUGGUUCAUUGUUGCAGAGUUAUUCAGUCAAGGUCCUCGCCCAGCGGCUGUUGCAUUUGCUGGAUUUUGCAACUGGACCACCAAUUUCUGCAUUGGAAUGUUCUUCCCAUACCUGGCUAAACUAUUGGGCUCCUAUGUCUUUCUGGUCUUUGCUGCCCUCCUGCUCCUUUUCGUCUUAUUUGUUUACUUGAAAGUGCCAGAAACCAAAGGCAAGUCCUUUGAGGAGAUUGCAGAAGAGUUCCGCCGCCGAAGCAAGAAAGAUAUUGGGGGACCUACUGAAAUGGAGUAUUUGGGAGCCACCCAAGAGGCUUAG